AUGAAUUUCACCCAGCACCAUGGGACACUCCAGCCUGUGCAUUUCUGGAACCACAGCAAUGGACUGCACGGGGGUGCCAGCGAGCCCAAUGCAAAGGGCCACUCCUCGGGAGGCUGCUACGAGCAACUCUUUGUUUCCCCUGAAGUGUUUGUGACUCUGGGCAUCAUCAGCUUGCUGGAGAACGUCUUGGUCAUUGUGGCAAUAGCCAAGAACAAGAACCUCCAUUCGCCCAUGUACUUCUUCAUCUGUAGCUUGGCAGUGGCUGACAUGCUAGUGAGCGUAUCUAAUGGAUCAGAAACUAUUGUCAUCACGCUGCUAAACAAUACAGACACAGACGCACAGAGCUUUACCAUAAAUAUUGACAAUGUCAUUGACUCAGUGAUUUGCAGUUCCCUGCUUGCAUCAAUUUGCAGUCUCCUCUCAAUAGCAGUGGACAGGUAUUUUACUAUCUUUUACGCCCUCCAAUAUCAUAAUAUCAUGACGGUGAAGCGCGUAGGGGUCAUCAUCACAUGCAUCUGGGCUGCUUGCACAGUCUCAGGCAUUUUGUUCAUCAUUUACUCUGACAGCAGUGUUGUCAUCAUCUGCCUUAUUAGCAUGUUCUUCACCAUGCUCAUUCUCAUGGCAUCCCUCUAUGUCCACAUGUUCAUGAUGGCUCGGAUGCAUAUCAAAAAGAUUGCAGUUCUUCCGGGGACUGGCCCUAUUCGCCAAGGGGCCAACAUGAAAGGGGCCAUCACUCUCACUAUCCUGAUUGGAGUUUUUGUUGUGUGCUGGGCCCCAUUUUUUCUGCACCUCAUCUUCUACAUCUCCUGCCCCUAUAACCCUUACUGUGUGUGCUUCAUGUCCCAUUUUAACUUCUACCUCAUCCUCAUCAUGUGCAAUUCCAUCAUCGAUCCACUUAUCUAUGCGUUCCGGAGUCAGGAGCUCAGGAAAACAUUCAAGGAGAUUAUAUGCUGCUGUAGUCUGAGAGGGCUUUGUGAUUUGCCUGGCAAAUACUAG